CGACAGCAUAUGAGGAAACACAAAAAUGAAGAUGUUUUUCUCCUUCAUGAUUCCACGCUCCACUGCCGAGCUUGUGGUCACUCCGCUCAGACACGUCACGUGAGGAAUUAUGAAAAGGAAAGAUUAAGGUCAACGGACUGGAGCAGUUUCAGGAAUCGACACAGUUGGACGUGCGAGGAGAUGCGAUCCCUCUACUCUCUUCAUGCCAACUUUAUGCUGUAAAGUUUUGGCGCUGAAGUGAAGAUGGCGAUAACAUUCUUAUAGAAAAAAACAGAAAGGGUCAAGGCCGACGAGCGGGAUUAUCAUCUGCACGAGCUAGUGGAAUUAAUAACAUAUUCUGUACUAAAAACCGAUAAGGCCUAGCUGUAAGUGUGUGGUGGUGUGUAUGACCUGGAAUUCAAUCUGGUUGUACCCAGAUCUCUGGCACCGAACGUUAUCAUUCAUGUAUAGGAAGGAAGAUGUCACGUAUUUCAUGCGGAAAGAAAAGUGUACAUGAUAAUUGGUGAACGACCAUGAUCAAUAUUUUUUUAGAUUGGCUGCAGCAGAAACUUAUAUAGAGAGAUAAGUUACAAUGGUUUGCGACUUACAUGUGGACCUUAUGCUGCUCAAAAACCAAUUCCUUUGAUGAGCAAGACAUUUGAUAGGGAUGUACGUAAUGGCAGGUUCGUCUAGCGAUACCAACACGUACGUGAAGACCGCUGUUUUUGUGAAAAAAAUCAAAAUGUUGUCCCUGCUACAUGUGAUUAUGAUUGUUUGGGUGCUGAAUGUGACGGACUCUCUACCGACAGAGGACAACGACACAAGCAAUGCCGUAACACCUUCUGUGGAAGGUCCAUUCGACGAGGCGCUUGUAACAUCCAUCUUGAAAAUUGUUGAUGUGAAGUUUGAAUCGAUAAGUACCCGGAUUGGGUCAAUGGAAAGAGCUAUGAACAGUCUGCAGUAUUACAAUCUGCGCCAGUUCCGUGUGGUUAACACUCACAUGAGGGCCCUUGAUACCAUUAUGCAGGCUACACAUUCUCAGAUGGGUGAGAUUGAUAUCGAAAGUAAGGAGACUAAAAUCUCCAUCGAUAUGCUGAAAAAAGAACUGAAAAAUAUGGAAAAGGUACAAAAUGCUAUGUUCGAUUCCGUGGAAACACAUUUUGAGAAAUUAGACCUUAGUACGGAUGUAAAGUUCGCUUCUUUACAAGAAUCAGUUGAUCUAAUUAUAAACUCAACGUCGCAAAAGAAAGCAAAAGGACAUGAAAAUGAUGAUAAACAGUUAUUGACGCCACUGAUAGAGGGUUUAAAAUCUGUCCUAAACGAUUCUGGCAGAUUCACCAACGAUAGACUUACAAGUCUUGAAGAAAAGGUGGACAGUUACCACAACAUAACGAUGUCUAAACUCAAAGGUGUCGAGGUAGAAAGUGUAAACGCAACUUACAAUAAAACAGAGGAGCGUUCUCUGAUAGAGACAUUAAUUGACCUCAAUGACAAUGUUCUUCGAUCUAUCAAUUUUUACCGACAUACGGGUGACUUGGUGGAGAGGAUUGUGGGAGCUACCGAAACAGUAGCAGACGAUCAAGACACAAUACGUUCUGACCUGAGACUGUUUCUUGAAAUUCAGACUAACAACACGCUCUGUAACCAAAACCAGGAAGCCGACGUCAGUCAAGUGGAAACAAAAGACGACUCAAACGAGAUCCCUAAUGUGAUAAUGACUGAUGGUAAUCUACAACGAUGUGAAAUAACGUUACACGAACUGGGGGAAAUGGCAGACAUAUUUAGAAAUAGCACACACCUGACUGAUCUGUGGACGGAAAUGGCACAAAUGAACCAGUUUACGUUACGGACUACAGUCAUGGAUCUUAUGGCAGAAGUUGCAAAAUUGCAUGAAGUUUAUGAAAAAGUCAACACAUUUUCUGAGCAAACGACAACAACUGCUCCAAAUCUCUUCACUGGAUUAAUGGAGUAUGACCUUGAAAGUAUUUCCAAUUCUACAAAAGCGGUAUACCAGAUGGUUGAAGCAGUGGCUUCAAAUACCGGCUGGAUACCAUACAUAUAUCACAACCUGCAGUAUGUAGAGAGCCAGGUCAAUGAAACUGCAAGAAAUUCCAAGAAUAUUCUCCAAAAACAAGAAACAAUGACCGAAAUUAUGAGAUCUCACGACAGGACGGAAGCCCUUACAGGACGACCGGCAAUGACGCGAAGUUUUAGAAACUUGGAACCUGUCUUACCGACCCAGACUAAUCUACUGACUAACAAUGACCGGAAUACUUCGUAUCUCGAUAAACUCAACACCAUCUACAGAACGAAUGUCAAAAUGCACCGUCUGAUUCCCGCCUUAACUAGGUUACUAGGGGAACCAGAACCGUUCAUAACCUUAGUGGAUGGAAAGAACGAAAACGAGGGACGUGUGGAAAUCUACCGGAAUGGUCGCUGGGGCACGUUUUGUAAGGCUAUCGGUCAUGUAGAGGCUAGCUACAUAUGCCGUCACCUUGGUUACCUUGGUGGUAUAUCCGCCGGAAGUGGAUUUUACGGUGCUGGAGAGGGCGUAUUCUGGAAACUCAAUAUGACGUGUUUGUUGACAAGGCGAUGUGAGGUGGCUACUGGUGUAGAAGCAAGCCAGUGUAGUCACGAAAACGACGCUGCUAUCAUAUGUG